GCUCAGAGCAAGUUUAACAACUGAUAUCUGUGUGUCAGUGAUUUCUCUCCUCAAUCUGAGCUGCUGCGGUGGAGCAUAUGGAGACUAACAGCAGAGAAACACUGCAGGCAGACUUUGAUGCGUUUGAUAUUUCUGAAGAGCUUGGAUUUGUUCUUGAAGAGCCACUGUCUCACCUUCCAGACUAUUAUCGGGUGUGGUUGGACCUGGCGAACAAUCUCGCUCAUCUGAUAGAGUCACGUAAACUGCGGGAUCUGGUUCAUAACAUGCCGGUCUUGAGUCCACAUCUUUUGAGCAACCACCGGGAGCUCAGGCUGGCCCACUUGGCGCUCGGAUUCAUCAGCAUGGGAUACGUAUGGCAGGAAGGACAACACGCACCCGCCCAGAUUCUCCCCAAAGCCCUGGCCUGGCCUUACUGGCUGGUAUCUCGCCGGCUCGGCCUUCCCCCCAUCUUGACGUACGCAGAUUCGGUUUUAGCCAACUGGAAGCUAAGGGAUCCCACAGGGGAUGUAGAAAUUAGGAACAUGGACUUGAUAUUUUCCUUCCCUGGAGGUGAGAGUUGCCGGGGAUUUUUUAUUGUGUCAUUGCUGGUUGAGAUGGCUGCCAGUUCAGGCGUAACGGGGGCCCUGGAGGUGAUGCACGCGAUGAAGAUCUGUGACCUCAUCGGCAUACAGAAGGGUCUCAUCAAAGUAACUCAGUCUUUGAAGAAGAUGAGGGAAACUUUCAAACUCAUGCACAAUCAUGUGGAGCCAACUGCAUUUCAUGGAACACUGAGAAUCUUUGUCUCAGGGUGGAAAGACAACCCGAUGCUUCCAAGAGGGCUGUUGUAUGAAGGUGUGAGCAGUGAGCCGAUUUCAUUAUCAGGUGGAAGUGCAGCCCAGAGUUCAGCCAUUCAGUGCUUUGACGCUUUGCUGUGCAUCCAGCAUGAGGAUGAGACAGGUGCCUUCCUGACACGCAUGAGGGAUUACAUGCCUCCUGCCCACCGUCAGCUGAUAGAGACUCUGUCUAUCUGUCCAUCUCUGCGAGACUUCAUCCUGUCCCGUUCCAGCUCUGACCUCUGCCAGGCCUACGACUCCUGUGUCUCCGCGCUGGUGGAUUUACGGAGCUAUCACCUCAACACUGUGACCAAGUAUGUCAUUGUGCCUGGUAACCAGGCCCGGUCCAUGGGAUGCCCGUUCAGAGGUGUGGGCACCGCGCUGAACAACACGGGGACUGGCGGAUCCAACAUCAUGGUCUUCCUCAAGAGCGUUCGUAACACCACCCAAAAAGCAUUGAUCUUAGAGAGGCCUUCAAAGUCAAGAGAAACUGAGAUGUAGCUGUUGUCUGCACAUCGUCCAGAUUGUUUUUAUGCACUAUGCUCUUUGGAUUGCAGCUAUGAAAUGUUUCCAUAAAAUCCGUUUAAACAAACAUCUCCAUCAUUAUUCAAAUCAGAAAACUGUAUUAGUCAUUAAUACAUAAGUUCACCAAGCACUUGAAUGCCUCACUUCAUUGCAGUGUGAGUGCACUUCCACUCCAAAUUCGAUGCACUUUGUCAGGACCCCUUGGCACCACACUGUGUCGUUUAAUGUUAAUACUCUUCAACCUGCAGUGUAGUUCAGCAGCUCUGUAAAUGUCUGUGAAUGUCAGAAAUAGAUGCCAUGAGAUGUAGCCAGAUGUUCUGGGCUGGUUUUGCCCCUGUCGAGAUGAUAUACCCAGAGCGAGAUCUUUUCCUGAACCGAACCAAGCAAAAACAAUGAAUGAAAACUUAAAUCACAAAACGAACCUAAGCGACAAAAUAAUAGAACGUGAACAUGAGUCUCCAAGAUGUAAGUCCUGUGACUUACAACCACCAUCAACCCUCCAACCUCCUUACGCAACGCUUUUAAACUGGACAACUCCUAUACAUCUGUUGCCAUUAAAUAUUAAUCCAAGUGGCACCGACGCCAAGGGACAUCUUGUAUCUCUGAAACCUCAGCGAAUCUGACAAAACGGCGAUAUACGAUGCCCUGAGAAUGAAGUCGGGCUGCUAACUGUUAGGCUGUGCUUUUACAGCCAUGACCCUCAGAUAAAUCCAGAAGAACAACCAGCUGAAGACACUUUUUUCUUUUUUCUUUUUCUAUCUCCAUGUGGUUUAACUUCUCAUUUUGUCGCCCUGAUGUAAAAGUGUACUCAAGGGCGCACUCAUUGCACCAUAACAUCACUGUCACGGGUGUGGUGAGACAGACUCUUUGAGCCAGAGAUGGCAGUGAAAAGCUGCUUUUCAGCCUGGAAUUACUGUAGAGGCUGAUGCGAUUUGUGCCAAAAGAAAAAACAAACAAACACACUAAUUAAGAGUAAUGCCUGGUGAAAAUAAAAACAGCCAUGGUGAGCCAAAAAUGAUGACAUGCUAAAUGAAGAUGAUGAUGAUGGCGUAAUUUGUCACUUUUGAUUUUCACUAAUUAAAAUGCACUUUACUUUGGCAGAGCAUUUCAUAUAAUCAUGUGGUAAGAUGUUAAGUGAUGCAUGUUUGUUUUUGCAGAAACACCUAUUUAAUUUG